AAAUUCCGUCGGUCCAUUCAUAAAAUUCCGUAAACUCCCGGGAAUCCCUUAAAGGGCCCACCAGCCAGGUGUUGUGUUUUUUAUAUAUAUAUAUAAAAAGCAGAAUAACCAGAGCUUCAGAAUCAGAUGCAUUGUGGGAAGAGAAAGUUAUUUUCACUUUGCAUCGGAAGGGCAGCAGAGGAACGAAUGGCAGAAGGGCUGUUUGUUAAUAAUUACUUCCUGUCGAAGCUGGGAUUGCUUUGAUCCUUCGGGAUCCAUCCUUCUAAAUCGGGUUCAAGAAGUCUCUAGUAAAGAAAGUGCGUCAACACACCUGCAGGCACAAUAACAACGCUGCUGCGAUUCUAAAAUGAUCCGAGCCACCGGCCAGAGGGAUCCUGAAGUCUCAGCGAGUGACAGAAAAGAUGACGACGACGACGACACGAUCAUAAAUCUGCAAUUGUUUCCGUAUUCGGAAGCCGGGGAUGAUUUAAAUGAUGGGGGGAUCCUGAAGCGUUCCAGCACCCUGACAAAUCGCCAACGUGGCAAUGAAGUGUCUGCCUUGCCGGCUACUUUGGAUACUCUGUCCAUUCACCAGCUUGCAGCUCAGGGUGAACUGACCUUGUUAAAGGAAAACCUCCGAAAAGGUGAGAACCUGCUGAAUAAGCCCGACGAGCGAGGAUUCACCCCUCUGAUGUGGGCCUCGGCUUUCGGAGAGAUCGAAACUGUCCGCAGCAUGCUAGAAUGGGGCGCAGAUCCCCACAUCCUUGCUAAGGAGCGGGAGAGUGCCUUGUCCCUCGCCAGCACAGGGGGAUACACGGGCAUUGUCACCUUACUGUUGGAGAAGGCCGUGGACAUCAACACCUAUGAUUGGAAUGGUGGGACUCCACUGCUUUAUGCUGUAAGGGGCAAUCAUGUGAAAUGCGUUGAGGUCUUGCUAGCCCGUGGCGCAGACCUCACCACCGAAGCGGAUUCUGGCUAUACUCCAAUGGACCUUGCGGUGGCUUUGGGUCACAAAAAAGUCCAACAAGUGAUUGAAAAACACAUUCUCAAGUUAUUGCGGAACAAGGAAAGAGAUGACAAAAGAGAAGAGUCCGAGUGACGAUUAUCUCCGUUUUCUAUUCCGGAAUCAAAGAAGUGAACGGAAGGGAGUCUUUGAGAUAAGCACCUUCCAUGCCAGCCUGCAGAGUUGAUGCAAAACCGGGCAUUUUCAGACAACAGGGUACAGAAAGAAGCACCUGAGUUUUUCCAAAAGAAACUCCGCUUUCUUGAACAGUGGGUUACAGGAUCCCGCUAUCAGGCCUAUUUUCUUCUCAAGGAAUUGCUAAUUUACCUCUCCUGCGGAUUUGUGGAAAUUUUUCCUGAAUGCCAAACCAUAAACUGGGGGUGGUGUUGAGGGAGAAAACUGUAUUGAGCAGAACCUUCCUUUAGGUCAGGAGCCUCCAAACCUACCAGCUUUAAAAGUUUGUGGCCUUCAACUCCCAGAAUUCCUCAGCUAGCAUAGUCAAGCUGAGGAAUUCUGGGCAUUGAAGUCCAGAAAUCUUAAAAGAUGCUAAUUAUGGAGUUCCCCUGCUUUUUAAGCUGUAGAAAAAUCUUCUUUGGCUCUACAUGUGUGCAGAAGAGAGGGGGAAAAAAUGCUGUUUCCUCAAUUGCUGGGGGUGAAUCAGGGUUGGGUCAAAAGAAACUGACCGAAAAACUUUCACAAGAUUUGAAGAGACUAUUUUUGUUUAACAGAAAUAAAUAUUUAUAUAAAUAUAUAUAUAAAUAUAUAUAUAUAUGUAA